AAUUAAGCCCAAGGAUCCAAAUAGGUUUAUUUUAGUGGUUAAAUCAGUUGUGAUAUAAUUUAAUGGUUUGAUAUUUCAUAUUCUACAAAUACGUUAUUCUUCCUCCCAACUAGUCUAAGGAUAUAUGAAGCUUAUAUAAUAUUUUGAACAAGCUUAAUCAUAAUGUUUGACUUUUUUUCUCUUUUCAUUUGGAUAGAUAGAGACAAAUGUAAGUUACCAGCAUGCGUAUAGAUUCAAUAUGUUAUCCUCUAAUGACACAAUGAAUCUAUUUCAGAUAAAUAUAUAUAUCUGCAUGAAAAGAUUUAGUAUGGUUUGGUUUACUCUCUCUCCGGACUAAUCUAAGAUAUAUAGAGCUUUAUAUAAUAUUUUAGACAGGGAACCUUAGCGCUGACUUUUUUGGGCAUCUUAAACUUAUACUCCUCUUAGGAGUUGAGAGUUUAAUUCAUAUUUUGAUAAAUUUAGACACGUAAACCACGACCAUGAUGCAUGCAAAUAAAUUCAAUAUGUUAUCUUCAAUAAUAACAUAUUAGUCCUGUUUCAGAUAAGAACAGCAUUGUAUUACAAAUUACAACAUUGUAUUUAAUCAAUAGUUAAGUGAUCUUUAGCAAAGCUAUGAGAUUUGAUUUUUUUUUUUAAAAAAUUAUAUCAACAUUAUAAAAUGAUUAGAAAGAUUGAAAAUACAUAACUUAAAACUUAUUCAAUAAAAGUGGAUUAUCAAAUUAGUUUUUCAAAUAACAAAUUUAAUAACAUUAGAUUUUAUUUUAUUUUCUUAAAUUUGUGAUUGAAUAAUAAUUAUUUUUUCAUUUUAACACAAAUCACCUCAAACUUUUAGUUGAGUACAUCUGACUUAAUAUGUUAUAUCUAAUGAUGACUUAGGGUUCCUCAUGACUAGUAUAAAAUGUAUGAGUAUACUAAAGUUGAAACCCUCCAUUCGAGCAGAUGCAUUUUUGUUUUAAAAUAACAUUUAUAAUAAAGAUAAAUUAUAAAGAUAUAUGUUUCAUAUCAAUUUUAGAAUUGGUGAAAUUUGAUUUUUGAUGAAAUUUUACUAUUCAUAUAUUAACCAAUUGUUUAUUUGUUUGUUUAAAAAUAUAACACCAUAUUAAAAAAAUUAAUUUAAACAUUAGUUUUAUAUGAAUAACUACUACUUUCCAAGUUUUUGUUUGAAUAUUUGUAAUUUCGACAUGUUUAUAUGUGACUAAAUUAAAUUAGUUAAUAAUAUUUUUAGAAAAUAUUUUUUUUAUUUAAUAUAUUAUAUUUCAUUUUGUAUUUUAUUAUCACCACAAAAUCGUACAUAGAAAUCGUACACAAAAUAAAUUAUUGGUUGUUUUUCUUUAUAAAAAUUUAAUAUUAUAAAAUUUAACAGAUUAUGGAUUUAGAUUUACGAAAAAUUAUUUAGAUAUUAAUAUCAUUUACGUUUAUUCCAAAAAAAAUUAUAUGAAUAUAUUUAGGUUAAUAUGUUAAAUUACUAAGUAAAUGGUCCAACUAUAACUCUUCUAUAGCAGAGUUUUUAAAAAUAACUCUAUUUUUAAUACAGUAGAUAUAAUAUUUCAGAUGAACUAAUCUUGUUUUUAUUUACAUCAUGAUUCAUUUAUAUAUAAAUUGCUUAUUAAUGCAUACAUAUUUAUCAUUUUAAAACAACUCACAUGAAGGAUAAUAUUACUACAUUAGUUUAUUACAAAAGUACCCUCAAAGAAGUCAAACAUUAUAAAGCGUUAACCACCGUCGUUUACCGACUGAGAGAAAAGACGGAGACUCGCAGGUGAUACUACCAUUUUCAAACAGUGUAACCAUUACUUUAAUUAUCUCCAUGGAUCCACCUCCUCCUCACACAUUCUCAGGAGAUUUAAACCGACCCGAUCUUGGGACCGCUUCAGUGGCCGGUGUUGAACAACGCGUGUCCUGCUUCGCUGUGGUUAUCAUUUUCUGGUUCUUUGUGUCGAUGGCUAUGAUUGUUGGUGUUUACGGACCAAGAAAUGUCUGGAUUGGACCUAACUCUUCCAUUCUUAUCGAACCAAACACCAUUUUUGUCCAAAGCGUAAAGGUGAAAGAGUUAGAUGAUUCAAAAUCUGGACUUGAGUUAUUUGGGUUCUAUACAUCUCCUCCUCUUGAUGUUGUAGUGAACUGGUCUGAAUCUCGCUUGGCCUCUGUCUCUCAUAACUCUUACAAGGAAUGGCCAUACUAUCUGAACAAAGGAGCUUCGUUGAAUAUUUCAUAUAGAGUCAAACCAGAAGGCCGUUCACUUCGGCUUGUGGUCGAUGAAGGAACGGACUCUUAUCAGUUGUUGGAGGAACAUGCAUCACAGAACACAGCUCUCUCAUGGAAUCUGAUUCGAGGUAGUGGUGUAAUUGAAGUGAAGAUAAGUAAGUCUUCAAGUUAUUAUGUGGCUGUGGCUAACUCCAACGUGAAGGACGUAGAGGUGGAACUGGAUAUUGAUGUGAGGGCUAUCUUGUAUGAUACUAAACAAUCAUUCUACAAGUGUACCUUCAGCAACGGAGAGUGCACAUUCAAUGCAAUGUCUCUUGUUGGAAACUCUAUUGUCUUAACUUCACCAGCACCAACACAGGGAGCAUCAGUUGAAGAAGAAUGGUGUAUCAGGUUCUCAUAUCAACCUAGAUGGACUUCAUAUGUUGUCGGCACAGGUUUGGUGACUUGCUUCAUGCUGGUAGCUAUACAACUCUGGAAAAGGUUACAGUGUGAUGGUGAAGAGAUAGAUCAAACCCAAAAUGAUUCAGCUAGAACACGACUACUUGUAAACAAAGAUGAAGAUGGUUCAAGCAUGGGUUCGUCUAAUGAGUCUUUUGCAGCAGAUGAUGCUGAUCUUGAAGACUUUACUGGUAAUGAGGGUGAAGCAAGUAAUAGCACUAGACGUCUAUGUGCCAUUUGUUUUGAUGCUAGACGAGAUUGCUUUUUCCUCCCCUGUGGCCAUUGCGUCUCUUGUUAUCAGUGUGGAACAAAGAUAGCAGAAGCUGCUGGGAGUUGUCCAGUCUGUAGAAGGACGAUGAAGAAGGUGAAGCGAAUUUAUACAGUAUAAGAUGUAAUGUUAAAGAAAUUGGUAGAUGGUAAUUAUGCAUUUUAUAGGAGAUUAGUGUCUGUGCGGGGUACCGCAUUGACUGAUUUUAAUCGUUUUUAGAAAAAUAAACCGUUUUUUUUACUGACGACUAGGCGUUACAUAGACCGACUGUUAGAACGAUAAGGUGUAUCAGUCAACAUAAAGUUGGAUCGAUAUAGAGUUAAUCAUAAAUAUUAUUGAUUAUUGACA